UGCUUAAUUAAAAUUCAUUUCACGACGCUCCCCGAUUUUUCUGCGCAUAUCUAAUGUUUUACGACACAUGUCACUCGUUAGGUUUGCAAGUUUUUCUUUGUUCUACUCAUUUACACCUUUGUACGCCUGCUUAUUUUAAUUCAAUGCCACAGACAUUGAAAGGGGCAACCCGCUUGCCACCCUGAUGUUUACUUUUUGGAAUGUUUCCCUGAAAAUCUUGGAAGCAGUGAGUGAAGAGCAGGAUGAAGGAUUCCGUCAGGAUUUCAAGGACCACGGAAAGAAGUAUUUUUAACUCCUAACAAGCACAGAGAAGACUUAACUGAUGGUGCGAGCAAAGAGAACAAGUGUGACCCCGAGGAGGACCGUUAACAUGUAUCCUCAACUUAACUUCUAAAACGGUCGUCGAAUCGCACAAAAGGCAGAGAAGACUUGUGUGAAGCGGACAGACGCGAGGAGGAUCAUCUCAAACGGGGCAGAAGCUGCACUGAGGGAAGGACCCGUAACGUGGUGUGGGCUUUCCCACAGCAAGAUAAAGAGGAGCCGCGGUCCCAGCUCACGUGGUAAAUUCACAGUGGCAUCUGAUGGCCGCCAGGCCAGGGCUUGAAAUCUGAGAAGAGCAGACACAUUAGAGAAGAGCUUGGCCCAGAUCAUGGCUUCAGCCCAAGAGGAGGAGGACCCGGAUCGAAGAGCACCGUGGCACAUUAAACAAGAGGACUGUGAGUGGGGCGCGCCAGAGGAGGUGCGCGUUAAGGUGGAGGAGUACGAGGGCAGAAUCUCCGUUUUUAAAGUGGAGGAGGCCAACUGGGAGGCUGUCAAGAUUAAGGCGGAGCAUCCGGAAGAUUCCUUGGAGAGUCGGCGACUGCUCCACCGGGACAGCAAAGACAGUUUAAAGCAGGAGGUGUCUGAAGAGUCUCAUUCCAGUUUGCACCCCUUGUUCACUAAGAUGGCUGCCCAGGAACUGAAAACGGAGAUACCCGAGUUUGAAGAGGGAACCACCGAAGGAAACUGGAGAAAAUCAGAGGAGCAACAUUGGCCUGGGAGUGCAGGAAUAAAUUUACCGGAGAAUGGCAGCUUCUCCCUGUCUACUUUUGCUCAGACCUCGCUUCAGUGCAGGCUGCCACAAGAACACAGCAACGAGAAGGUAAAGAAAUCAACUAGUGAAAAUUUGACGGCAGGCCCUUUCCAGUGCAGUUCACCUCCUGCCGCCAAACUAACGCUGACAGAAGCCGUCGACGGCGAUCGACAGCAAGUACGCAGCACAGAUCAAGAGGAUUUGCCUGCUAGCCAAGAGUGUGAAAAAACUUCCAAAUGUAAAUCUGUACGUGAAGAUAAGUGGAUUCACACGAGGCAGAAACCAUAUGACUGUCCUGAAUGUGGCAAACUAUUUCCAUGCAUUAGGAACCUUAACCGACACAAGAGAAUCCACACGGGUGAGAAGCCCUAUUGCUGUCCAGAAUGUGACAAAAGAUUUGUGCUCACCGGCUACCUGAAGAGCCAUAUGAGAGUCCACACUGGAGAAAAGCCGUACUGCUGUUCGGAAUGUGGCAAACGAUUCUCCCAUAACUCCAGUCUUCAGACCCAUUUAAAAAUCCACACUGGAGAAAAACCUUACUGCUGUUCUGAGUGUGGGAAAAGAUUUACACAAAUAAGUGAUUUUCAGAGCCACAGCAGAAUUCAUACUGGAGAGAAGCCUUUUUGCUGUGAUGAAUGUGGGAAAAGGUUCUCACAAAUAAGCCAUCUAAAGUGCCACAUGAGGAUUCAUACUGGAGAGAAACUUUAUGGUUGUCUGGUAUGUGGCAAGCGGUUUAUAGAGAGUGGUACACUUCGCAAGCACGAGAGAGUUCAUACUGGUGAGAAACCUUACAUCUGUUCUGAAUGUGGCAAACGAUUCUCGAACAACUGCAGCCUUCUGAACCACACGCGGAUUCACACUGGAGAAAAGCCAUAUACUUGUUCUGAAUGUGGCAAGCAGUUCUCGGAUGGGCGUAGCUUUCGCAGCCACAAAAAAAUUCACACUCAAGGAAAACCUUAUUGCUGCUCAGAGUGUGGCAAACGGUUCUCUUACAAUAGCUGUCUCCAGAACCACACCCGUCUUCACACUGGGGAAAAGCCAUUUCGCUGUUCUGAAUGUGGCAAACAAUUCCCGACUGGUAGUGGCCUUUACAGCCACAGACGAAUUCACACUGGAGAAAAGCCCUAUGCAUGUGGAGAGUGUGGCAAACGAUUCUCUGGGGGUAGUGCUCUUCGUAACCACAGAAGAAUUCACUCGGGGGGGAAAGCCAUAUAGCUGUUCUGAAUGUGACAAACGAUUCCCUAAACUGUAGUGCUCUUCACAGCCAUAAAAGAAGUCACACUUGAGAGAAAAAAAAAAAACCUUAUUGAUGCUCUCAUUGUGGCAAAUUGUUCACGCCUUUGUACGGUGAUUUCAUACCAAGGAGAAGCUAUAUUGACUGUUCUGAAUGUGAAAAAACGAUUCUUACAAAGAAGUGCUAUUCAAAGCCCCACCAGAAUUCAUUCUGGAAAGAAAACUUAUUGCUGUUGUGAAUAUGGGAAAGGAUUUGCACAAACAAGCAUUCUUCAUGACCACAUAAAAGUUCAUAUUGGACAGAAACUUUAUAGUUGUCCCCAAUGUGGUGAGCGGUUUUUAGAAAGAGAGAGAGAGGGGACCCUUCAUAAGAAGUCUCACUGCUGUUGUGAAUGGGCCGACAGCUGCUCUCAUUAGAGUGGUUUAAAAACGGUAUUGUAAUGACGAGGCCAUUUCAUUUGUUUUUUGCUUUACACUGAAGACAUUUGGGUUUUAAAUUAAAAGAUCGGGACAAGA